CCUUACUCACUUACUCUUCGUCUCUUCAAUCUCUUGUCAGUCUGUAUUUGACAAGUGUUGUAGAUAGUUUGAGAAAGUGUAUAUUUAGAUGUAUACCCAGUACUAAACUCACUUGACUCACCCUGCCUAAACUAACAGGAACACUACUAGUACUACUACUAACAUUUACACAUCACUUCUACAUUAUGUUUGUUGCUAAGUCUAUAUCAUCAGAGCAUAAAGAUAUUAUCCAUGAUGUGUCCUUUGACUACCAUGGCACUAGAAUGGCCACCUGUUCCAGCGAUCACACUGUUAAAGUUUGGGAUUUGGAAAAAGGAGAAUGGCAUUGCACUGCUAGCUGGAAGACUCACAGUGGCUCAGUGUGGCGAGUAACAUGGGCACAUCCUGACUUUGGUCAGGUUCUUGCAACAUGUUCAUUUGACCGUACAGCAGCUGUUUGGGAAGAGUUAAGUGGUGACGUGGGCACAAAGGGAGGUUCCUCAAGUAAUACCUGGAUUAAACGCACUUCUCUAGUUGACAGCAGAACCUCUGUCACAGAUGUGGGCUUUGCCCCUAAACACCUUGGUUUACAACUGGCAACUUGUUCAGAAGAUGGUAUUGUUCGAAUCUAUGAAGCUGUUGAUGUUAUGAACUUGAGUAAUUGGCAGCUCCAGUAUGAAUUUAACUGUAAUUUUAAACUGAGUUGUUUGUCAUGGAACACAUCAAGAAUGCAUCCUCCGAUGAUUGCUGUAGGCAGUGAUGAACCAAGUCCAGCUGCAGGAGGGAAAGUUCAAAUCUAUGAAUACAGUGAAACAAACAGAAAAUGGCAGAAAGUAGAAAUCAUCUAUACAGUUACAGACCCAGUCCAUGAUGUCAGAUUUGCUCCAAACAUGGGAAGAUCGUAUCAUCUCCUGGCAAUAGCUUCCAAUGAUCUUGUUAUUUUAACAUUAAAAAACUUAAGAAAGGAGGGUGGCAAUGCUGGAGGACCAAGUAGAUUUGAAAUUCGACAAACAGGAAGCUUUGAUGAUCACCAGUCAGUGGUUUGGAGAGUAUCAUGGAAUAUAACUGGAACAAUUCUGGCAUCAUCAGGAGAUGAUGGUGCUGUUCGUUUAUGGAAAGCUAAUUACUUGGACAGUUGGAAAUGCAUAGCUGUGUUACAGUCUGAAACGUAUGCUUCGGAUAUUGAAAAAACAGCAUUUUUGGCCCCCAGUAUAGCUAGCACACCAACACCUGGCAGUUAUAGAUAGGACUAGAAAUAGCAUCUUGCUAUUGAUAUGUAUUACAUUUCCAUGAGAUAUAUUUUUUUAUAUAAUUGUGUUAAUGUCAAACACAAUUCAAAGUAAAUAUUAAAAAAAAAAAAAAAAGAAUCAUAAUGAAACUUUGUUUUGUUGGUUUGCAUUUCUUAUUUUUCUAAAUAGCAGUCUAUAUUUUAGUCAGACACAAACUAUAAGGUUUAUUAAUUAAAAGUGCUGCCAUGAUAUGUUAUAUUCUAAGUACCACAAAGAAAAACAAAACAAGUCCAAGUGAAUGGCAGGUCAAAACAUACAUUAUAAAAAUGCUUGAUGGAUUAAGUAGUGCAAUAAUCUGUUAUCAUUAUCAUCUUGUUUCAAUAUAUUGUAAUUUGAAUGCAGAAAUGAUUAAUAUUAAUAAAUGUAUAAAAAUAAAUAUCAACUAUGGUCCAAGCCAUUUUGAAUGAAUAGAUAGGCACCCAAAAGCCUUAUGGUUUCACAAAGAUUUUUUUUUACUACUAAGUUUUCACUAUGAUUGAUUUCAUUGUUGGAUUUAUAUUCAUUUUAUACGGACCUAGUCUGAGAAGAUUAAACUACAAUCAACUGAACAGUGAUAUUGUGUCCCUUCUGUGUGUACUACAUGUAUUUUAAAGUGUGUGCAACAUAUAGACACAAACCAACUAAAAUGUAUGAAAUGAUGCAAAUUCAUUUCAACUGGCAAUUAACUCCACAGUUCAUAUUCACCAUUGCUAGUACUACUUGUGUCAAGACAAUGAAGGAAUGAAACCAUAACAUCUUAUACAUUUAUUGAUACAACUGAAGACUUAUUUGUUCAUUGAGAACUUGUAUGGUAGUAUGUACCCCACACACCUGCCCCUCUGUGGACAAUACGCCCACCCUCUUUGAAUGCUCCAAUUUAAUUCACUUUAUGCGGACCCUAAUAAAACAACCAACACUCAGUAUGGCAGUGCAGUACAAAUGAAAAAAAGAGCAUACAGUUUUCUUGACAGACUGCAAGAGUUUCAGCAAAAAAAGCUGGCUAGAGCAAUAGAAGAGAUGGAGAACUUGUAUAUAUCUACUAAAGAAUUAUUCCUUAUCUUAUCUUAUAAACUACAGACGUUACUUCAAAAAAGAGGAUUACAUCCUACGCAUCUAGGUCAGUCUAGGCAUGCAUGUUAAUCAAUUACUUACAUUCUGCCAAGUCAUUGGUUUUCCUGUCUGAUUCAUCCUCUAAUAGCACAAGGGGAAGAACGAGUAUUUGUAAAGAUAUGGCAUUGCAUAUGGAAAUAUGAAUAUUUGUUUGUUAUGAAUCUCACUGCUCUAUUUUAUGUCUGUUCCAGUUUCUUAAUAUUUUCUUGAGUUGAGGGGUCCCAAACAGAGGAUGCAUUUUCUAUAAAUGACCUAACCAAGGUUAAAUAACAUUUUAGUUUUAUGUUCUUAUUAGUUUAGUAGAAAUUUCUUUUAAUAAACCCUAAUGCUUUGUUUGAUUUUUUUUAUAGUUUUAAUAUGGGGAUUCCAUGAUAGUCUUUCAUUUAUUGUAACCCCCUAGGUAUUUUGAGUUUUUAGUCUGUGUUACUGAUUUACCAUGAAUAAAAUAAGUGGUAUUUAUUUUUGUUACUCUUAAUAAUUGACAUUUUUCAGGGUGAAAAUUUGAUUCCCAUUUCUGUAAUUUAUCUAAUUCUCUCUGUAAAAUGUCUGUAUCUUGUGUUUUAUUUAUUGUUCUAUAAAUUAUGCAAUAAUCUGCAAACUAAUGCUAUUUGGUAAGUUCCUUAAAGUACACCUGAAUUUACUGUUAUUGGUGUUGACCAAUUUUUAAAAAAAGGAAUCAAUCCAAAUGAUAAUAGUAUUGUUAUUAUUCUUGGAAAGAUGAACAUAAAGCAGUAGCAUGAUCAAUAAUGAAGUCUUGAUGCAGAUUUAUCAACAUGCUAUUAUAUUCAUAGACUGCAUACAAUUAACUGUUAGAAAUAUUGAAAUGGAAAAAAAUUAGAUGCCUAAACGUGUUACUAUAGUAGGUACAGUGACUGGGCAAAUUAAAAUUUUGAACUUAAUUAUCAGUGUUUAGAUUAAUUGAGCUAAUCAGUAAUAAAGAUACAUUAUUUUAAAAUUGUUUUCCUUUUACAAGGAAAGGGAUACAAUUUAAUUUAUAUUGGCCAACACCAAGGAUUUAGUUUUUCUUAGAAAUUUUUUUAAAGUAAUUUUUCAAAAUGUAUCUAAUUUUACUGUCUCAAUGGAAACUUUUUUUUCCCAAUUAUCAUUAUGUGUAAACAAAGUAGAUGGAAUCUUUUUGUAUCUUGUAAGUUAUAAUCAUAAGAAACUGUUUGAGCAAAUUGUACUUUCUGCCAUUUAGAUUUAUGAACUGGAGUAAUAGUUGCCAUAGUUAUUUUAAUAAAGUUACAAUUUAUAAUUCUAAAUUGACAUGUUUAUAUAAUUCUUUAUGACACCAAAACAGAAAUAGAAAAAGUGUCAUAACAGAAAGUUAAAGCAAUUCACACAGGCUCCAGCUACAAUAGCAUGUCCAGUAUGCAGCACUUCAUCAGUCGCGUGGAGAAAGUCUGAAUUGGUCUGCAAAGUCCCCCUAAACAAAAGAAGUGGUCAUCAUCAAAUUUGAAGAACCAACUUUAUAUAUAUUUAGUACAAAGUAUAGUCAACACAACUAGGGAGCAGGUAUGUGAGAUCUGUAGCAUUAUAGUUCUUAGCACUCACUGAUAAACAGCAGCUUUUUGUUAUGAUUCACUGAACUAUUUUUUGUUGUGUUUAUUAGUACCAGUAUUUCAUACUCCAUACUUAAUCUUCAAACUCAGCCUUACAUGAAAUCUUAGAAUUAGCACUAAAGAAUUGUAUUCAAUUAGUUCAAAACUACAAAAUAUUGUAAAUGGUUCAGGUAAUCUAAACUUGUAAAUGUAUUAGUCUACAUUAACAAUUGAUACAGCUUUAACGUUCUUUGAGUUAUUUAUUAUUCAUACUAAAGAUAAAAACGUUACAAACUGGAAAAACAAUUCAUAGACUGUGAAACUUACCAUACUGAGUAUUUUACCUUAACUGUGUCAGACUGAUUAGUACUACCACUUUAUUUUCAAUUUUUAGGAUUCUAUUUAUGUGGUCUUCCUCCUACAAGUCAAUAUGUUUGUUAUGGAUAUUAAAUAAAUGUUUUCUUGUAUUUGUGUGUUAAAAAAAUUGUUGUACCACUACAGUACUUUUGGUUCUUAUUGAGUGAAGUAUCUGGUACAUGUUAACAUACUGUAUUAAACGUUUAUAAAAAGUAAUACUCAUAGUAGUAUUCAAUGACUACAUAGCAUUAAGUCAAAAUAAUAAAGAGAGAUAUUACCUAGGCCAAUCAUUCUACAGCUGAAAUAAUGUAGCCUACAGUGUUUUGUUUUUAUUUGUUCCUCAAUACAGAAAAAGAUUCAGAUGCUUGUGUUCAAGAUUAACUGUAGGAAGUAUUUUUAUUUUUAAAACUGCUUAACAGUAAAAAUGCAUUUAAACAGCUCAAACAUUGAAUGGUAUCACAGGGGACUCAUUUGGUCCAAGUCUCCUUCCCCCUUCUUUUUCCCAUUAAUUUAACUGAAAUUACAAGACAUGGUUUGGCAGUGGUGAAGUAGACUAUUCUGUCUUCCAGAUAUUGACUAUUUCUUUUUCAUGGCUAUAUGUUCAAUUUCACUUGAGCUUUACUUCUAGACUUAACGUUGCUGUAUGCUUCUCUUGAUGGCCUUACAAUACUACACAAUAUCUUGACAAGUGAAAAUUAGUUUAUUACUGUCUUACAUAAUGUAUUGAUAAUCACAAUGAUGGCAAAGUUCAGUGUUAGAGGAUCUUCACAUAUAUAACUAUGCAUGCACGUAUCCUAGUAUAAUAAAUGGACUUGAUUAAAAAUUAGGACUAUAUUUUGAAACUUUGAAGAACUGAAAAGGUUAAGAAAAGUACAAUAAAACAGAGACUAAAACUUGAAAAUAAUAAAAAUUGAAAAAAAAAAAAAAAACAAUCAAAAAUGAAAACUUAAAUUUAUUUACAUUUGUUACCAUCUGUACUAAAGUCAAAUCUUUUGAUCCAAUUCUCAAGACUAUACACACAAAGAAAUAAAUAGUUAAAUGCUCCCCUGCAUUGUAUAGGGGGGAGCGCAGUAAGAGAUAAAAAGUUAGACUAAUUCUUUCAAUCAUCUUGAUCACAGUUCUCUAGAAAAUCACUCAACAGAAGGGAGGUCUCUGUCCUAAUGUUAACAUCAUAGACAGAAGUUAUAAAAAAAAAAAAAAAAGCAUUCUCAGCACACUUUAAUUGUACAGUCCCAUCAUGAAACAUUCAGAGAAGAUGCACUAAAACAGUGAGUGAAAAACAGGAAGGACUGCUCAACAUGUGCACUAGAUCAGAUCAGCACUUACCCAAUCCUAGCCAAACAGACUUUGGGGAAUUGCUGAUGCUAUAAAGUGACUUUAAGAAACACUGAAUUCUGUUGAACAUAGAUAUGUAUAGACAUGGAUUGCCUUCUCUAUUUCUAGGUAAUUGUAUGCUCACAAAGAUUUGAUAGAACUACUUUCUGCAUUAUUAGAUAAGCAAGUGUAAGCUUAAACUACAAUUAUUUACAUGAUCAAUAAAAGAAACAUGCCAAAUAUAUUUUAGUCACAAAAUAAAAAGAUCAUUUUUUUUUAUUUCAUUUAGAAAUGACUUAUGAUUGCUGACCCACUUUUCUCCAAUUGCAGUAAUGAUUUACUAAUUUUCAAUCAAACUUUGAUCAUUGAAAUUUAAUAGAAUAGGAAAUAUCUAUUUUUUCAACAAAAUUGAAAUGUAAUUCAUGUCCUUCCUUGUUUAAGACUGAGUGUUAUUGGCAUGUCUGGUUGCAGUACUAGUCUCUUUAAGAAUGUGAACCUGUCAAUUUCUCCCAAAAAAAACAUUUCAAAAGAAAGUAGGCAAAAUAUUCAACACAUUUGUUGACAACUUUAUAUAAAUAGUAUAGAAUCCAUGUCAAUACAUAUUUAUGCUUCCAUCACAUUCAGUUACAGUUUAGUACCAGGAUUUAAGAUCAAAUACAAAUACUGCUACAUUGAAUUUCAAAUGUAUGCCCUAUGAACCCAUUCUAUAAGGUUGCUUGUCUUUUUUUUUUAAUUUCAUUUGGUUUUUUAUUUCUGUGAAGUCAGUUCACAACAUUCAUGAUUUUAAUCAGAGUACUUUUGUUCAACAAAGUAUUCCUGGGAUGAAUAAAAUUGGGGCGAGAAACAAAAUCCCCCAUCCUCCAAAGAUAGUAAGAGAAAUAGAAAUGUGCUUCUGAAUUAAAAUUUAGAGAACACGUUUCAUGUGAAUAUGGCACAAUUGUUCAUUGUUCCGUUUUAUUAGGUAAUCAUUGUUGAAAUGUGAAACUAAUCUGCAAUGUAUGCAUGACAUAAAGAAUAAACAAUGCUUUGAAGUUAAAAAGAAAAAAUGGAACUAUUUAAAUCUAGCUACAAAAGAAAAAUGUUAUAGUCUAAUUGUCCUAAGGCAGUCUUUUGGUCCACUAACUUGUACCACCAGGUAUACACUGAAUGCUUUCAUAAUAAAGAGAUAUUUCUUGAGAAUGAAGCAUGUUCUCACUAGCAGAAGGAUAUAUACACAUUUACACACACACUUGUGAAAUAUAGAUCUUUUCUGAUUAUCUUUGACAAGUAGAGGCACAAAUUAGAAAACAUUGGAAAUUAAAGCCAAAUACUGACAACCAAAAGUACUGUGGGUAUUUGCUUGUCUGUGGUGUGUGUGUGUGUGUAAAUAUGUCUAUAUAUAAAUAUAUAUUGAGAUCACAAUAUAUGUUGUUGUUUUAGUUUGUUUUUGUUUUUAAUAAAAAAAAAAAAUAAAUAAAACUAACAUGUCUAUUUGUUUCACUCAAUGAGUUUAAAAUGAUAUUUUAAUCGACUAUUGAUACUAGUAGGUAAUAGCAAUCAUCAUCUUUUUGAAAUAAUCAAGUAAAAAACAAAGGUUUAAAAUAAUAUUAAAUGUAACAAUUUGUUUUAAAAACCUAAGAAACAAUAACAAUCAAACAAACAGCAAACAGAGAAUACGAUAAAAUCCAGCUGAGCAGUUUCAUCAGGACAAGAACAUUUGUCCAUAGGAAGGUUGGUUAUUUCAAUCAAAUUAUUGUUUUUUUUUUAAGGGGAUUGAUGUUUUGAAGCUAUAUAUAUAUAUAUAUAUAUAUAUAUAUAUAUAUAUAUAUAUAUAAUCUACACACAAGCAUAAUCGAAUUAACACAUCUAUUAAUGUGUAUAAUCACAUACAUACAUUGGUAAAGAAAAGAAUAGUCUCAACAGAUGUACAAGUCUAGAAUUACAUACACGCAACUGAUGUCAAUCAGGUUUGCAGAAAUUCAUUAGAAAAAAAAAUAAAAUAAUAAUAAUUAAAUAAACUAUGCUUACAAAUCAAGAAGUAUUCCCCAGUCUAUCACACUUGAUGUUAAAUAUUUGCCAGCAGUCAACCACAAGGACCAAGUCCAAUAAGUUUGUGUUUAAAUUGUGUGUUUUGUUUGAAUAAGACCUUAUUCAUUCUUCCAUGCACUAUGCUGUAUCUCUAUUUACACAAAUAUAGAGUAGAGAUAGAUAGGAGUAAUCAAUUUGAAAGAUUCAAAAUAAAUCAAUACCAAUUUAACCGAAUGCAAAUCAACACAAGCUUUAAGCAUGUAAUAAUGGUUUGGGUAGGAGGGGUGAAUCAAAUAAUUUACAGAAACUACAACAAUACUUCAAUUGGUCAAUUGUUUAAUGUAGUUGCAUCUUCUAGUAUGCACAGCCUUCUUAGUCUUCCAUGAAGACUUACAACUGUAGCGACCAGGAUUUUUUUCAACGUAUAAAAAAAUUGAAUGACCAGGAGCAUCUUUAGAUCCUUUCAAACUAUGGUUCAUAUACAACCCCUAUAUUGGCUGAAGAGUCCAUUGACUACCUUCACUGGAUGACACAUAAAAAAAAAAACAGAUGCUAGCAUCUAACAUGAGAGUUAGGUGUGACAUUUAUUCAAUUCAUAGAGUUUCAGUUGGUUGUCAGAGAACAUUCACUGACACCUCCACACAAUAAAACAAUGUGAAAGUAUAAAACACAUUUCUCUCCCUCAUUGUGCUCCUAACUUUUGGCAAAGAAAUAAAAUGAUGGUAGCUACAUUUAAAAAAUAAAAACUGUGGAAUUAAACUGUGUUUACUUAUGAUUACAUUGUUAUUGAAGUACAAAAGGUUAUUGUUACUAUCUCUUAGCAUUCCAUUCUAAUUGUUGAGCAUUGACUAAACAUCCAUAAACCAGAUCAAAUGUCAGAGUCCACAACAAACAUAAUAACAUCAACUGAAAGCAGCACAAUACAUCCUCACACCUGUGUCUCACUAGCUCUGAUAGAGAUUGUUUGUACUUGAUUUAUACUAUAUAGGUAGCAUAGUCUAAGCGGCUAGAAGGUGCCACACUAUCACAUAUAUCACAUCAGUUGUCGCAAUGCCUCACUGCCUCGUGGCAGCAGCAAUAAUGUCAUUGUCAGUAAUAAUAUUAAGCCCUCAGCCUUGCCAGAAAAUGUUUUUUUUUUUAAAGACUCCAGGAUGGUAGCCCAGAAUAAUUUCUCUUUGUUUAGUAAGCAGGACCAACAAAUGAGGUUUUCAGCUGUAUGGCAAGGCAAGGGAGAGGGACGGAAGAGAGUCACUGGAAGCGCCGAGCCCCUUUCACAGCCAGCCUUUCUGCUUCCAUCCUCUUGAGACGGUGGCGUACAUCCUUGAAUUCAAACAUACAGAAACACACACACGGCCAACAAAAAGCAGAGAUGCAUCACAAUAGAAAAUAGUAGUUCAGCAAUUGAGCUGGCCAAAAUCACAGAAGCUCAUAUUGUCGUAGGUGCAUUCGCUGAAUGAUAUCUCUACAGUCGUCAAACACUCUGCGGAUAUUUUCUGUAUCAACUGCACAUGUAAAAUGAGGAUAGCAAUAGUGCCUACCAUCUCCACUUGCUGUGCUGAUUCUC